CCACCCUCAUGCUUAUCGUUCAUGAUAGAAGCUCUUCUAUUCCUGAGCUCCUGUGUUCUCAUCAACAUAGUUCACAUUAUGGGUGCCAACCAGUCCAGACCGUCCGAUCCUGCUGUCAACGAGAAGCUGCGAGAGCGGCUCCAGGCCCUUCAUAUGAACGAGGAGCGAGCUACGAGCGAGAAGGAUGGAUUCGUACAUAUCGCUGGCGAUGCUCCACCUAAAUACACACCACUUUCAAGGCAGGUGAAGACUAUCUCCACCAAAUAUGCGGAGGAGUGGGAGAGGAAGAUCAUGGAGGACCCCAAGAACCGCCUUGCUCUUCUAGCUCUGAGCUCGAACCCAGCCACAGCCGUUCUGUCCUCGCGCGCUGCUACCAUUUCAGAUACCCACCAGUUCAACAUCAAGAUUCCCACCGAAGGCUCACCCAUCACGAACCAAGCCUCGUCAGGACGAUGCUGGCUUUUCGCCUCUACGAACAUCUUCCGCAUCGCCAUCAUGAAGAAGUACAAACUCGACAGCUUCCAGCUCUCGCAGGCAUACCUCUUCUUCUGGGACAAGAUGGAGAAGGCGAACUACUUCCUCGAGAACAUCCUGGAAACUACAUCUGAGAGCAUCGACAGCCGUCUGGUACAGGCCUUGUUGGAAAGCCCAGUAGGAGAUGGUGGACAAUGGGACAUGGUAGCCAACUUGGUGGAGAAGUACGGACUGGUUCCCCACACACUCUAUCCAGACUCGUUCAACGCCAGCAACUCAAGGGUGAUGGACGCUCUUAUCACCACAAAGCUGCGGGAGGAUGCCGUUCGACUGCGCUCCAUCGCGUCCAGCAACGUCUCGCCCGAUGCCAUCAAGGUCAACAUUGCAGCCGAGAAGGCCACUAUGAUGCGCGAGAUCCACCUCAUCCUCACACUGAUGCUCGGCCCGCCGCCUGUGCCCGAGAAGCCAUUCACAUGGGAGUUCUACGACCGCGACGGCAACUUUCAGACCGUGAAGACACGACCAACAGCCUUCGCAAAGGAGCUCUCGGACAGCAGGACCGUACGCGCACUCUCAGGCACGGAUGUCCACCAACUCUUCUCCCUCAUUAACGACCCGCGCAACCCCUACAACCGCCUCCUAAGCGUAAACCGCCUCGGCAAUGUCUGGGAAGGCCGACCAGUGACAUACGUCAACACAGACAUGAAGACCAUCAAAGACGCCUGCAUCGCCAUGCUCAAGCGCGGCAUGCCCGUCUUCUUCGGCUCAGACGUUCGUAAGUACUCUGACUCAACCAACGGUAUCAUGGAUACAGACCUCUUCGAGUACGAACUCGGCUUCAACAUCAAGCUUGGCAUGUCGAAAGCCGAGCGCCUGCAGACCAGCGAGAGCCAGAUGACGCACGCCAUGGUGUUGACGGCUGUGCAUGUUGUGAACGGCAAGCCGGUGAGGUGGAGGGUGGAGAACUCAUGGAGUGAUAGAGUGGGCGAGAAGGGGUAUUUCGUUAUGAGUGAUAAGUGGAUGGAUGAAUUUGUGUAUCAGGCGGUUGUGGAUCCAAGUGUGGUGAGCUCAACGGUCAGGAAGGUGUUGGAGCAGAAGCCAAAGAUGCUCGAGCUCUGGGAUCCUAUGGGUGCUCUGGCUUGAGGGGCUGCUUAUUCGUGUUUCUGAGCGUAGCGCUUUCGUUCAUCGAAUUGAUGUUGCAUCCUGCCUUCC